AUGAUAAUUCAAGAAUUGUGUUCAACCAUUGUGCCGGAAACGGCGAAAAGAGCGUCCGUCCAUUCCUAUGAUAUAAUCGCCCGACCGCAUGAUAACCAAACUGCGGAUUGCGCGCGCCUUUCCGAAUUCGGCCAGAUAGAGUUUUCCGAACCAUGCACUACUUCAACUAGAGAGAUAGUCCGCCUCCUGGAGGUUGUCCGAACUCGAGGCGGAUCAUACCCGAUUGAGGCAAAGAAGGUGUGGGUUUCCAUGUGUACGCGAAGUCAUGCUGCCAAGGAACGGGAUGAUUCCGGAGCACACCGCUUGGGACUAAGGGAAGAAGCGACCGGUGUCUCUGCUGCAGGCGCCUCUGACGACGACGGGGGAGGAAGAUGUAGUGUAGUAAGAGUGAGAGAGAGGGGAGAGUGGGAAAGUGGGAGUGCCAACACGGCAGAACAGAGAGAGGGAGGUAGACUACCCCGUAUCUGUCACUACGACAGCGCGACUAGAUAG